AUGCAUACUUUCAAAUUUGUUAAAGUAGCAAUCUCUGUUACAGAUGUCUCAUCCCUCCCAAACCAGAAUCAGGACAUUGCUUCGAACGUGAAAGAUUCUGAACCAAUAUGUCUUGGCAAACUGGAAGGCAACGAAGCCCCAGAAAACCAACAUGUUGCACUGUUCCUGAAGGUGAUCUUGGACGAUUAUACCCAUGCCAAGAUUCUAAGAGUAAAAAACAAUAGCUUUUUGAAAGGAAAAAUCUGGAAAGAUCUGGUUAACAAGUUUAAGCAACAUGACCAGUUUAAAGAUCUCAAUGACGAUUACUUCAAGAACACAAUUGAUGGUGAUAAAUGUGGCAAAAAUUUCAAGGACUUAACAAAGACCUACAAGCUACGUGCUGAUUGUAAUAGACGCAAAACUGGUUGUGCAAGAAGCCAUGAAGCCCCUGCAUGGGCUUUUUUUGAUCAGAUGAAAGAGAUCUUGAUCAAUGAUCCCAGUGUUUACCCUCAGAACUUUGGUCAAUCAAGAACAUCAAGACCAACAAGCAUGACCACAACCUCAAGUAAUAGGCCUAUUGUUCAUGAAAACACCUUUGGAGAUAGUAGAACAGAAAUUGAAGUUCUCUUGAAAGCUGUAGUUUCCAACAACACCAAUGACAAUCAUGCCAGUGAUCUUAAUUCUGUUAUCAGCAACAAUGAGAAUGAGAAGAGUUUAACAGCUGCUUAG